UCCUCCUUCUCCUCCUUCUCGGCCGGGAGGAGGCAGGGCUGGAUCCCUCAGCCGCCGCCGCUCCUCCUCCUGGCAGGCCGGCCGCGGAGUCAGCUGACGCCGGCGCUCCAGCCUCGCCUCCCCGCGCCGCGCUCUGCCCUCUCCGAAAGUGGCUGCAAGCCGGCCGUCCACUGUCAGGGUUGGGGGGGACAGAGAAAGUGAUGUGCGCCUUCUAAAGCCUCGCCCAGCGUGGCCGAAGCAGCUUCACCUCUCCAACUUUCUCCCACCGACUGCCUGUCUUGACCCUGCCCUCCACCCUCCCCAAAGCCACUUUGGGUGCGCGCUCUUGGGUAAAGGGGGGUCACCGGCUGUCUGGGAUGGCUUCCAAUUUUAAUGACAUAGUGAAGCAAGGGUACGUGAGGAUCCGGAGCAGACGCCUCGGGAUUUAUCAACGAUGCUGGUUAGUAUUCAAGAAAGCUUCAAGCAAAGGUCCAAAAAGACUGGAGAAAUUUUCUGAUGAACGUGCUGCAUAUUUCAGGUGUUAUCAUAAGGUUACAGAACUCAACAAUGUGAAGAACGUAGCUCGAUUGCCAAAAAGCACCAAGAAACAUGCCAUAGGGAUUUAUUUCAAUGAUGAUACCUCCAAGACUUUUGCUUGUGAAUCAGAUCUUGAGGCCGAUGAAUGGUGCAAAGUACUCCAGAUGGAGUGUGUAGGAACACGGAUCAAUGACAUCAGCCUUGGAGAGCCUGACUUACUGGCCACUGGGGUUGAGAGAGAACAGAGUGAGAGAUUCAAUGUGUAUUUGAUGCCAUCUCCUAACUUAGAUGUACAUGGCGAAUGUGCCUUGCAGAUUACAUAUGAGUAUAUCUGUCUUUGGGACGUCCAGAAUCCCAGAGUCAAACUCAUCUCUUGGCCGCUAAGCGCCCUGCGGCGGUAUGGACGUGAUACUACGUGGUUCACUUUUGAGGCAGGGAGGAUGUGUGAGACUGGUGAAGGGCUGUUUAUCUUUCAGACCCGAGACGGGGAGGCCAUCUAUCAGAAAGUCCACUCUGCUGCCUUGGCCAUAGCCGAGCAGCACGAGCGCUUGCUACAGAGCGUGAAAAACUCAAUGCUCCAGAUGAAGAUGAGUGAGCGGGCCGCCUCGCUGAGCACCAUGGUACCCCUGCCUCGCAGCGCCUACUGGCAGCACAUCACACGGCAGCACAGCACGGGGCAGCUCUACCGCCUGCAAGAUGUUGGCAGCCCUCUGAAGCUUCAUCGAACAGAGACUUUUCCAGCCUACAGAUCUGAGCACUGACAGUAACUGCCAAGAAUUGUUAACACACUUGCGAUGUGUCAGCCACAGAUUCACCCAGGAGGUCACAGAAUGACAGCAAGGAAGUGACGACAAAGGGAAGAAGCUUAAAGUCAUGGCUAAUUGUGUGGUCAUUGGAAAACUCUGCAAUACAAUAAUUUUCUUUAUUUUCUUUUUCUUUUUUAAAUUCUUAGCGUAAUUGAAACGUGCUCUAUAGAUAUUGACUCUGUGUUCCCUCUUUUACAGCUGGACAGAAAGAAGUCAAUGUCACGAAAUGAUUUUCUAUUGUAGAUACCUUGUCCCUUGCACUUCUCUGAAUCUGUCCUUUUGUGGAUUCUUGUGAUUUUCCUUCCAAGUGUUUCAGUUGUAUGACAGUCAGUAUUGACAAUAAAAUGGCUCUUAAUUAUUUGUUAUUUGUUUACACCCUAUUCCUCAGUUCUCAUUACUGUUGUUCUGAUUAACUACUGGAAAUUAUAUAUGAUUAUAUCACCAAUUAGUUAAAUCAGUGCUUUGACUCACUCUUAUCUGUUCUGUUCAAAACUAUUCGUUCAAAGAACCCGUUAGUAUUGUUUACAGGGUGACAGUUUCUCUCAUAUGCUUUCCUCACCCCCUUACCCCCUUUUUUAAAAGCCUUUAUUUUGUUCGGAGUAUCUUCAUAAAACAUUUGAAAAUAAAAGAUCAUUCUUCACCC